GUCACCAGGAUUAUUAGUCACCAGUCACCAGGCAGAGGCAGAGACCAGAGACUCGUCGUCGCGCGCUUCAUGCAACUUCAUGACGUGUCAUGGCAGCGCUCGAGAUGUGAUACGCGUUUACGUGUGCUCGCGCCGUUUCGCGUAAUCCCUCGUAAACGAAAGAAACCUGUGGUGUAUGAUGCGAUCGGACGCUUUCAUGUAGGAGAGUAUAUAUUUUAUGCAGGAAACGCGAACGCUGGGCGAAUAGAAAGUUUCAAGAAAAACAGCCUAUUUCGUCGACGACAGCGAUGAGGACGACGACGACGAGGGCGACGGCAAUCUUUUAUACGCUAUGCAUAUUUCACAGUGCCACGGCCUUCUAUUUGCCCGGCCUGGCCCCUGUGAAUUACUGCAAGGUCGGCGAGACUACUCCAACCUGCAAAUCUGAUAUUAAAUUGUAUGUAAAUCGUCUAAACACGGAGAAGUAUGUCAUCCCAUAUGAAUACAGUCAUUUUGACUUCUGCUUGGGAGAUGAUGAGCAAUCUCCAGUUGAAAACUUGGGACAAGUUGUGUUUGGAGAACGUAUACGUCCAUCUCCAUACAAGUUGACAUUCUUGAAAGAUGUCAAGUGUGAAAUCGCUUGUAGAAAAUCAUAUGAAGGAGGUGAUGAAAAAUCUGAACAGAACUUGCAGUUAUUGAGAAAAGGGAUAGCAGUCAAUUAUCAACAUCACUGGAUUGUUGAUAACAUGCCAGUAACAUGGUGUUAUCAGUUAGAAGACGAGCGACAAUAUUGCAGUACAGGCUUCCCUAUGGGUUGCUAUUCCAAAGAGUCUAGAUCUCAACAAGACACUUGUACUAUACAUGGUCCAUACAACAAACCGAAAACUUACUAUUUGUUCAAUCACGUGAAUCUUACUAUAACUUAUCAUAGUGGUGCUACAGAAGAAUGGGGAUCAAACUUUAAGGAAAACGGUGGUCGUAUCAUAUCUGCAAAAGUAGUGCCUCACAGUAUUAAGCAUACUACUGCACUUGAUUGUGAAAGUCAAAUACCGUUAGAGAUACCAGCCAAUGAGCUCUCAGGUGGACAAACAUUUCAUGUGACAUAUACAUAUUCCGUUAAAUUUGUGAAAAAUAACACGAUCAAGUGGUCGUCCAGAUGGGAUUACAUUUUGGAAUCGAUGCCACAUACGAAUAUUCAGUGGUUCAGUAUUCUUAAUUCACUGAUAAUCGUUCUGUUUCUCUCUGGCAUGGUGGCUAUGAUAAUGCUUCGUACAUUGCACAAAGAUAUUGCACGAUAUAAUCAGGCCUACUUCCAGAUAGAAUCAGGAGAAGAUGCGCAAGAGGAGUUUGGAUGGAAAUUGGUACACGGCGAUGUAUUCCGCCCUCCGCGUAAAGGAAUGUUGCUUUCGGUUCUGCUUGGAUCUGGUGUUCAAGUGUUCUUCAUGACGUUAGUUACACUAGCAUUUGCUUGCUUGGGUUUCCUUUCACCUGCUAAUAGAGGCGCACUGAUGACUUGUGCGAUGGUUUUGUACGUUUGUUUGGGAACUACUGCGGGAUACACAGCCGCUCGGAUAUAUAAAAGUUUCGGUGGAGAAAAAUGGAAAUCCAAUGUCUUACUUACAUCCAUGCUUAGUCCUGGAAUCGUGUUUGGCUUAUUCUUUAUAAUGAAUUUGAUAUUUUGGGUGAAUGGAAGUUCAGCUGCAGUACCUUUCAGUACUCUAAUUGCACUACUAGCAUUAUGGUUUGGAGUAUCAGUACCAUUAACAUUCAUUGGCGCCUAUUUUGGCUUUAAAAAAAGAGCUUUGGAACAUCCAGUGCGAACGAAUCAGAUUCCUCGACAGAUACCAGAGCAAAAUUUCUACACACAACCAGUACCCGGCGUCAUAAUGGGUGGCGUCUUACCGUUUGGUUGUAUAUUUAUACAGUUAUUCUUCAUACUUAAUUCUCUUUGGUCAAGCCAAGUAUAUUAUAUGUUCGGAUUUCUAUUUUUGGUUUUCCUUAUACUCGUUAUCACAUGUUCCGAGACGACGAUUCUACUCUGUUAUUUCCAUCUUUGCGCGGAGGACUAUCAUUGGUGGUGGCGCAGCUUUCUUACAUCCGGUUUUACUGCUGUCUACUUGUUAAUUUAUUGUAUACACUUCUUUGUCACUAAAUUAGAUAUUGAAGGCGCCAUUUCUACGUUCCUGUAUUUCGGAUAUACAUUUAUCAUGGUUUACUUAUUCUUCCUUUUGACUGGUUCCAUUGGUUUCUUCGCCUGUUUUUGGUUUGUACGCAAAAUUUAUAGUGUUGUGAAGGUUGAUUAAAUAAAACUGAUGGCGAGAACAAUGCCUGUUUGA